AUGAUUAUCUAUCUAUCUAUCUAUCUAUCUAUCUAUCUAUCUUAUGUUUGCAUCUAUCUAUCUAUCUAUCUAUCUAUCUAUCUAUCUAUCGCACUCUGCAUCUAUCUAUCUAUCUAUCUAUCUAUCUAUCUAUCUAUCUAUCUAUCUGUUUCACUAUUAUUCAUAUGUACCGCAUAUAACACUAUCUAUCUAUCUAUCUAUCUAUCUAUCUAUCUAUCUAUCUAUCUAUCUAUGUCUGUUUUUAUCUAUCUAUCUAUCUAUCUAUCUAUCUAUCUAUCUAUCUAUCUUAGUCUCUUUAUAAUCUAUCUAUUUCGAUCUAUCUAUCUAUCUAUCUAUCUAUCUAUCUAUCCCAGUCUUUUCAUAUCUAUCUAUCUAUCUAUCUAUCUAUCUAUCUAUCUAUCUAUCCCAGUCUUUUCAUAUCUAUCUAUCUAUCUAUCUAUCUAUCUAUCUAUCUAUCUAUCUAUCUAUCUCAUUCUAUUCCUAUCUAUCACUUUAACUAAGUCAUUUUAUAUCUAUCUAUCCAUCUCUAUAUCUAUAUUUCACACGCUUUUUUCUUUCUGUCUCUCUCAGUUUUUCGUAUCUAUCUAUCUUUUUUUACUUUCAUUCUCUCUCUCUCUAAGUAUGUUUAUAUCUUUCUUUCUUUCGCACGCUUUCUUUAUUUUUUCACACGCUUUCUUUCUUUCUUUCUUUCUUUCUUUCGUUGUUUCCUUCUAUCUAUCUAACUAUCUAUCACACGCUUUCAUUCUUUCUUUCUUUCUUUUUUGCUUUCUUUCUUGCUUUCUUUCUUUCUUUGUGUACACAGUGUAUGUAAUAUGA